GGUAGGUAUCUUGGAGCUCAUAGUUAAGAAAGCUGGCUUUUACCUACAGGUACCCUAGGUACUACUUACAUAGGUAGGUAGGUACCAGGCUUUAGAAUGUAGGUAUUCCACUAGCUAACGUGUGCGAAGUGAGGAAGGAGCAUGUGUCAAGGUGCCCCCCGCACUCACGCUCGCAAUACUUGCAGGGCAUGACCCUGUUGUCAAUCUCAGACAGGAUCGCGUCGUAAUAUCAUACAUGCCAUUUUUGUUGUUUCUCGUUACGUCGAGCAAACCUAUCUCCCGCGAUUUUGGACGUGUGAUUGACGACGUGAUCCAAAAACAAAAACUUGUCAUCUCUUGACUUGCAACAUAUCAAAUCAUUGGCUGCUUUGAUACCCCAAAUGGGCGUCCAGACAGACCAGACCUUACCUUCUGAGGGUCGGUCCACUCGCAAGCGCACUCGGGAGGCUCUUGAGAAUGAUGGAUCAUCGUCGUCAUCGGCGGGCCAUCACGCGAGCUCUUCCUCACAAUCCUAUGCCAAAGCGUCGCCCCCGAAGCGACCCAAAAUUACUGAUGUCUCAGAGGAGAAGCGGCUGAGGAGAUUUCGGACACAUGCACCUCAGGCCUUUUACGAUGUGUACGAUCGCGCAACCUCGCAGCGUUUCUUUGUCCUUGGCCGGACCCGGUGCGGGACCGACCACAGCCCGGAGGAAGUGGUCGAGUUGACCGGCUCUACCGGCAACAUCUAUCAUGUCCACAUCGCUCAACAGCCAACAUGCGACUGUCCUCACGCCUUGGCAGGCAACCAAUGCAAACAUUGGCUCUUUGUCAUGUCUCGCGUGCUUCAUGCUCGCUUCGACCUCAUUUACCAGCUCGCCCUGCUCGACAGCGAGCUCCGCGAGAUCUUUGCCAAUGCGCCGCCGCCACUUGGUGAGUCAGGGACAGUAACAACAUCGUCGCAAGACAGCAAGAAACGCAAGCCGAUCGAGGGUGAUUGCCCGAUUUGCUUCGACCAGCUGCUGGCAGCAGUUGAAGCCGAGGGUAGUUCCAAACGUGAUCAUUCCACGAUUGUCUGGUGUAGAGCAGCUUGCGGACAAAACAUGCACAAGCAGUGCUUCCGUAUGUGGUCCGCAACCAAGAAAACUGGCAGCAGAGGCGAAGGAAACGUCACUUGUCCAUUCUGCCGCAGCCAAUGGAUGGGAGAUGAUGAUUUGGUUAAGGAUAUUAAUAGGGAUGGACCGUUAAACUGUGAAGGAUAUGUCAAUGUCGCCGACCAACUAGGCAUAGACCCCCAGAGAGACCAUUCGUCUUACUCCUCUUGGUAUUCUGGCUAUUCGCGGAACUACCGGCGACGAUAUCGCUGGUAGCGGGACAGCUAGCAAUUGCCUUGCUCCAGACUCGCGCCAGAUUUACUCCACCUUGUGCGUUGGUUGAGCAUUCAGUCAUGUUCUGCGCGAGAUAUUGAUAGUGGCGUGUCUCUGGGUGUAUCGCAAUCGCAAGCAUGGUGGAUAUCUCUACUUUGCGGAAAUUUCUUGAUCGUUCGUCAAGCCUUAGCGACAAAUGAUUGCAGUGAGGUCUGGUUCAUCAUUGACUGGGUCAACUCAGGAGCAAAAGAGCGGUUUGGAAACAUGUAUAUGCUACAAGUCGGACAAUGUCUACUCAGGGUAGGCUUUGCGCGACUGCACAACAACCAUCCCCGCUCUGCUUCGCCUCUUCUCGCCAUGUCGGUGAAUUGUGUAUCCGUAGCCAUGAAAACAAAACAAAAGAGCUCAGAAUCCCAGGCAGGGCAUACAAGGCUUGGAUCAGCGAGAUGCAUUGAUACUUGCGAAAUUCCGACAUAUGGCUACGCCAUUGCAAGCUUAAUCUAGUGUUUCGAAUAUGAGCAAUGCACUCUCCCUUGUAACCAGAAUCGAUACCCGAUAUUCGCCUUUUAGACGACAAGGUCUG